CAGUGUCUGACUGUCUGCCAAGUGUCAGUCGUGAUCCGUUUUGUCAGUGUUAAUACAGAGUUCGGUGAUUGAAUUAGCGAUAAAGUAUUUUUCUAGUUUUUCUGUGAACUUUAAGCAAUUAUGUCCGACAAGAAAGCAUAUCCAGUGGCCCCUCAUCCACCAACAGGUUUCGUUCCUGCUCAGGCACAACCAACUACCUAUGGCGUUGCAGGUGCUUCGCCCUACGGAGUCUUUCCUAAUCAGCCACAACUGUAUGCGACGCAAGGACCUCCGCCACCCACGUAUGACCAAACUCUUACACAUCCAAUGAUGUAUCAGCCGAUGUAUGGACAAGGAUAUCCAGGAGGAUACUUGACUGGUUACCCAACCGCUUAUGGCCCUCUGCAAUAUUAUCCGCCAUUAGCAGCUGCGGCUUACUAUCCUGCUGCUGCCAUGCAGCCGCAGCCAGUUAGACCCACGCUUAUGGUACCUAAUGGAUUUGAUGGAACCCGAUUCGAUGGAAUUUCGCAGCAAGUCCUUCCUCCACCACCACCAGGUGUAGCUGCAAAUGCAGCACAAUUAGCAGCAAUGGCAGGACACAGUGUCGCUCUCUCGCAAAAGAAAGGUUCGUUUCUUGGAGGAGGAACAGAGGGUGGCUACACCUUUUGGUAAACCAAGCGCUCAACGCGACCCGUUAAUGUUAUCACAGGCAUUGUUGUUGAGAUCCGUGUAGGCAAAAUUCAACUGUCUUAGAGAUUAUUCUAUUCCGUCAGGCGCAAUCUCCCGAUAGCGUGCGUCUGAGUGUAUGGACCGUCCGAAAGAUAUCUGGAACGUAACUACUGCACGCCUAUUUUCAUUUGUUACCAAAUAUCCAGAAGAGAACGAAGACGCGCGGGGCAACACAAUUCUGCCGGUAGAGAUUGAAUAAAUAACAAGAAAGAAAACCGAAAACAAAGAAAAAGAAACUAGAAAGGAAAACAAAAACAAGAAAAACAAAACAAAAAAACAAACAAAAAUAAAUAAAAAAGAAUUAGGAACUUUCUCCUUACUAUUAUUUUUCUUCAGUCUGUAGAUUCUGCGGGGCGGACAGUCUGUACAUUGAGAAGUUUUUUGUAAAAAAUUUCGAAAAAUAACUUUGUAGAAGCGAAAGACUAACGCGCUAAUUCAGUAUUAAAAUUCGAAGAAUGCCAAUACGUGAAUAAUGAGCGAUUUCUCUGGAACGAACGAAAAGGACGGGGGAUCCGUUCUAUGGAAAUCGCAGGCAUUGCUAUUAUCAGUCGCAUUCGUUGAAAGGGAAUAUUAGGGAGGAAGAGUGUGUGAGAGUGAGUGUGAGUGAGAGUGAAAGUAGCUCGCAAAAUGUUAUUGUUUUUAAAGUUAAACGAGUGAAUUCGCCUGCAGGGAUCGAUAAUCGAAGUGUGUUCGAAGCCUUUUUUAAUCGCAACUACUACUUGGCAGGGUGACAGAGCAGGCUGUAUACAUUAUUUUUGACGAUUCCCUGUCAAUCGACCCUUGUGACUCAAAUCAUUUACGCCAAUGUGGUCACUAGCAUUUAGACUGCUAUAGAAAAUACUCUUCGUUCUUCUUCAUCUUUGUUCUUCUCUUUACCAUCUUGCUUUCUUUUUCAUAUUUUUGUUCCUUUUCUGUUCCCUCAUUUUUAUUUUUAUUAUUUUUUAAAAAUAAUUUUUUAAUGAACUCAGUGGGCAGCCCUGAAUAGUAGAUCAAAUUAUAUGAGCAAUACUAAAGUUCCAAAAAUGUGGGAACCAACUUUUAUGUUUAAAUUGUUGAAUUUCGAAGGCUUUUAAUUUUGCAGGCUUCAGAAGAAUCGUAUCAUUGUUUAUUUUAAACCGUUAAUAUAUAGACGCGUUUAACAUAAAAUCCUUCUAUUUUCGAGCGCUUUUAAAAUGUAAAGCAUUCUGCGUUUAUAAUUCAAUUACAGAACUUCUUUCCAAAUUGGGACAAUUCAUUAACACGUGCUAAAUGGAUUGUCUGGAUGAUUCCUUCAUUUUUCGACCUUUAUCGUUAAUGUUUUUUUUUUUUUCUUAUAUCUUCCUUUUUUUAUUUAAAUGCAGGCAUUUCCUACAACCAGUAGUCAUUCUUCAAGAUUUUUUUUACACUAGAUGGACUAAGGAGGUUUUUAUUUAAUCGAAAGAUUCUUGCUCGCAAUGAUCAUGUAAUUUAAAGAAGAAAUCACGAAUCGACCUUCAGCGGUCGUCAUAGCAAAGAGUCGACAAUAAAAUUCGAUGUAGAAUUCGGUUUUCGAUUUUCUGAUAGUUUUGUCAGCCGCGGGAAUCGCUUAAGGCCGAGACUGCGAUGGAAAGAAGUGAGUGCUUCAACAUGUUAAGUACAAAGUGAUUAAACGAUUAGCCGAAAAUGUUGGAAGCGUUGUGAGGAAUUCUUUGAGAGCAGCCAUAGUUAAUAUGUUAUCAAGUUAGACCAUCACCACAGCUAGUUUAUUGGAGGAAUAUGCGCUAAUUUUGAAAACGCGCACUGCCGAGAAAAUCCAAUGCGGCAUAACGCUUUCCCAGAUCCUCGAAAUUAGCGUAUACAAAAAGAUUUGCGUACAAUUUAUUGUCUGGAAAAACCAAAUCCUGUGGAUCGAUAAAUCGGAUGUCCAUUAUUCGAAUUAAAAAUGGAUAAAUCUCGACUAAUCAAUUAAGACAUCGUUUAUUGAUUUGAGAUUGAAAUUAAACUUAAAAUUCACUCUUCCUCGGUCCCGAAAAAAAUCCAACUUCGAUUGAUCAAUCAGAGCAGGAAGAAAAAUGAUAAAUGGUCGACUCUCACUAGACUCCGAAAAAGUCUAAUUUCGAUUGUUCGUCGACCUACGAAACUCAAACCGCUUGUCUCGAUAUAUGAUUCAACCAGUGUAAUGAAAGUCAGAUCAGUCGAGUGAAGUGAUGCAAUAUCGAAAUGCAAACAUCGAAUAUUUAUGAUAUCGAUAUUGGUGUGAAAAAGGCGUAUUUCGAUAUUUUCGAUAUUCAAAAUAUAUGGGGACAAUUCAAUAUUCCAUAUCAAAAUAUUUCGGCAUAUGAAAUAAUUGACAUUGCAUCACUAGCGUCGUCAGCAAGUUGUGUGGAGCAGGCGCACGAUGUAAUGAUUUUAAUCAAUAAAUUCAAUCAGAAGUAAUUUAUUAUUCUUCAAAAAUCUUCAAGUGUCAAGGUGAUUCGUCUCAAUUUUUGUCGAGUUGCGAAGCUCAGUGCAAUAACGAGAAAGACAAAAUUGAUCAAUUUCUUAGGACGUCAAUUCGACGAAGUUUGUCGCAAACGACUGAUUUUUUUUUAUAUUAGGAUCUCUAGAAUUAGGUAUGCGAUUAAAAACUUGAAAAUCGAUUAGAUCCAACUUGAAGAUGGGUUUCAGUUUCUAAAAAUGGAAAACGAUCAAUUUUUCUUGAAACAUUAGUUUUUAUUUUUUCUUGAAUAGAAGAAUCAACUAUUUUCCGACUAAUUUUUGUUUUAAAAUUGUAAUAAUAAAAAAUCAUGCUGUCCACAUUUGGAAACACUUUUGAAUCCUUUUUUUGCGAGUAAUUAUCUAAUAAGGGGAGAAUUGUAGUGACGAAUUGUUAAGCCGUCAGCUUCAUAAAUAAUAAAAUCAUUUAGCGUUUCAACUCGCCAUGCUCCAUUUCCUCCCGUUAUACAUAGGAUUUUUAUAUCGAUAAUGAUCUACAUCGAACGCUCUAUACAUUGUAAUGACUGCGAGUUUGUAUCAACGAAUAACAAACCCGGUGCGCUUCAAUUUUACAAAUUUCGGUCUCAAGUGCAUUUCUCAGCAGGAUCUAUUUAGAGUAAUACAGAAGUUGUUUUUUCGACAAUUUCAGUCAGUUUUUAUCGAUUGCAAGAGUGAGGAAUUAAGCAUCCAAAGUAAUCAUUUCAAACUUUCCUCAGCUAAACUACUGGAAUUAUAAGGUCUUCAAUGAUACAAAGUUCAAUUUUGAAAGCACCGGAAUUCAGAACUCUAUAUUUUCUGCUGAAAAGUGAAACGCCACACUAUCUACGCAAUAGUGUAUAGUGAUAUUUUUUGUGACAUUGUAUUCUACGAAUGGUCUGGAAGCUUGACCAUUUUCACGAUAAUUGAUUUUUGGUAAUGACCUGGCACCGAGACAUAUAGUAAAAAGGUCUUUUUGCGGCAGCUACGAGUUUUUGUACAAGAAUUCGAAUCAAAUUAUUUCUCCUGAGCAACUUUUUACUUCGACUUAUCUCUUGCCGUAGAACUGUUCUUUUCACGGAAACCCGAUAUCGUUACGAUACAUCUUCUUAAAAAAAAUUGUUUGCGAUCAGUGAUUGGGGGGUUUGGGGGAGUUUUAUAUCAGGAAAAAGCGUGCAAUAAACGAUAUGUCUAUUGUAACAAUGAACUAAUUGUAUUAAUUACAAUGAUACAUACGUUGUUAAGCUGAACACUGUACCGACGUCGAAAUCCGGUAUAACGGUUAAUAAAUAUCAUGACCAUGCACUCUU